AUGAGUUUCAAUCUUGAGAAACUGAACAGGGGGCUCACGCGGUUGGCGAGUGUGCGUCAGUACCCGAUCGCGAAGAAGCAAUACGUGGCGAAGCAGACAAAGGGUCGCGUCUUCCGCGUCGGUGUACUGCACAAGAAGGAGCUGACGGAGACGGCGCUGCUGCGUAACCGACGUGGCUUCAUCAACGCACAGCUCAACACCGUUGCCCAUGCCCCCUCUCUGUAUCACUGGCUUUUCCAUCGCUGCGGCAUCCCGUUUGCGGAGACGCAGGCGCUGGCGAAGAGCGGCCGUUUAAAGGUGAAUGACGUGGUUGUAUCAAGUGCCACCGACCUCGAGAGCCAGCUUAGUUGGGAGACGUUUCAGCAGCUGGACAUCCAGGUCUGCUCUUCUCUACCAGCACUGCAGUCGAGCUCGUCGACAGGCCCGCACGCACGGGAUACCUCACGCGCUGCCCAGGGCACGUGGGUGCCGGCGCUAAAGCGCGCGCUGCACCGCACCUACACCUUUAUCUAUCUCCAUCCUGGCGUGUCUGUCUCCUCGGAGGAGAGCGAGCCCCGUAGUUUUGUGCACCGCAUGGCCCCGAUCAUGGGCACGGACCCAAGCCCGCUGCUCGGGCUCAACGUGCUCCGGCCAAUAGGGUUCUUUGAUGGCAUGAAGGGCAUUGGCAUUGCAAGCAACGACGUCUCCAUGGUACGGUACUGGAACAACGAGAGCCUCGGCAACUUUGGCGUGUACGACGUGCGCUUUCCUCGCGGGACACCGCUCGAGGUGGUGCAGCACGCCGCAAAGGCCGUUGAGGCGACGCUGCGAGCAAGAGUGCAGCCUCAGCUCUCAACUGACGUCGGUGUGUCGUGCUCGUGCGUAUGCUGCCCACCACCGCCGCCGUCACGCGACACCGUCGCAAACCAGUUGUUCUCUUCGAUACCGCUGCUCACGGAAGAGCGACUGCUCGUCACAACGCCUCUGCUGCCGUAUCGAGCGGCACGCAGACUCCAGCGCAGCGGUGCCCUCAUCUCUCUCGUACGGAACGGUCCUUUUGUUCUGCAUUCCUCGCUCGUGCAGGAGACGCUGCGGCCAUGCAGCGCUACGGAUCUGGCGCUUCUCUUCACUUUCGAGCGUCGCUUGAAGACAAACCGCAUGGUGCUGAGUCUCCGCGAGUUCGACGUUGAGAAAAAAGCGUAA